AAGUAAUGUACCAAAGUCACACCUAACUUUACAUCAGUUAAUAUUAGUAGUUAAACUGUUCGAUAAUACUAUAACUCUAUUUGGGCAGGGAGUUGGCUCCUGGACCCUCUCUUUCGAUAUUUCUAAGGCUUGCGUCAUGUUAAAAAAAACAAGUCUAUGAAUCUAUAUUCUUUUGAAAAAUCUAGCCUGUUCGCAUGAUUUUUGAUUAAUUAUGCAUGACAUGUAUUUGAUAUAAGGACCAGCCUCAAUAGGUUUAACAUGCAGGGAUAAUAUUUUUAAAUAACGUUAUUUUAGAUAAUUUAAAAAAAUCAAAACCAUUAAAAUAAUAAAACAGAAAUUGUAAGUUCGAGAUGGCAGUAAAUUUAGUAAACAAAUUGAUAAAGGUGGACAAUAACUUAGAAGAAGAUAAGAAACUUCUUCAAGAAUUAUACGAUACUUUGCAGGAUGUCAGUCAAGGUGUCAACAAUGUGCCAUGUUCUGAUGAUAAAGAGAAGACACCGGUAGUUGUGAAAAAUCUUGUGUCCCAUUCGCACAGUAAAGAUGAUGUAGAAGCAUGUUUUCUUGGCGAAUUUAGAAGAUUGUCAUUAUCAAUUCCAAAAACAAACAUUAGUGAUUUUCUUGUUGAUAAGGACACUGUGUGCCAGUUUGUUUGUAUUGUUUUCGAGAGACAUUAUGGCUGGACUGAAAAGUGUUCAACUGGUGAUAAUUUAACAGAUCAAAUAGGAAACACAACAAGUUGCAGAAAUGAAUUAAAUGUGUUAUACGAGAAAUGGAUAGUUUGGCUUGAAAAUCACGACUACUUAUCGUAUUAUUUGCUCAGUGGUUACAAAUAUGCUUUUGAAUCCUGUCGUACUUUGGCCAUUGUACGAAAACAAAUAGUGUUCAGUCUUUUUCGUUGGUUUAAAAAUCUUUCUGGAAAAUAUCUAAUAUUACCAGAUAAAUGUUUUAAAGUAUUAAAGGGUGUUGUUUUACAUGGUUUGACAGAUGUGUGGUCAGCUAUUCGAAAGGAUACUGCAUCCAGAUUAGGCUUAGUAUUGGAGUUUUUGUCAGAAGAACAGCUAGAAGAUCUGUUUUUGUCACUUAUACAGAUCUGUGAAAAUGAAAAAGGUUCAUGGCAAAGAACAGAGACAUGGCAGGCAACAGAAGGGGCAAUUAGAGGCAUUGAUAGAAUGCUUACAAGUUGUAAGUAUAUUGCAACGUCAAGUGUACGUAAGGAUGACAGAACAUCAUCACCUUCAGUUUUAAUAAAGAUUGGUCGAAAUAAUUUUCCAUCUUUGCCACAAUACGUAAAAGAAAAUAUGGAAAAAGUUUUGUUCAAAUUGUUCGCCCAUCCACAGUUUAGUAUACGGGAGGUUGCUGGAAAGGCCUUUUCAACAUUCCUUAAUAAAUCUGAGUUUUCUUAUCUUGUUGAAUCGUUUGAGAAAAUUGUGCAGCAUCUUGGUAUACAGAACAAGGAGAACUUAGUUUUUCUGGAUGCUUGUGAAGCAGAAGGUUUUAUGAAUGCAGUUUUGUUUCUUAUAAAGAGCAUCCCGCUUACUCACUUGAUACAUAAUUGGCAGAGAUACUGGUCUGUCUUCACACACUAUCUUAUUCACCCUGCAUCUACUGUUAGACAAACUGCAAGCAGCGUGUUUAAAUAUCUAGUUUCUAAAGAUCUUACUUCACUGUAUCAGAUGAAACUUGUUUUGCAAGGACUAUGUUCAGAGUGGAAGACUGAUAUCGAAGCCUUAAAAGGACAAAUCAGUUCUCGCCAUCAAAAACAGUCUGAAGGCAAAGGUGUUUUUGACCAUACGAAAACGAAUGACUUAACUUUGUGUUGGGAAUGGCGUGAAGGACGAUUGUUGGCAUACGAAUUAAUUAUGAAGUUUCUCAUAACUAAUUAUUUAUAUUUUUCCUUGACUUCCACUUCCCAUCACAUACAUCAUAAAAAGAACAACAGUUUAAAUAAUUCCAUAACUGAGGGUCAAUUUAGAUUAGAUUCUCUAAAGAAUUCAAUUGCACAACCAACUCGUGUAGAUUUGGCGAGAAAAACCUUGACAAAAUCAUUCACCAUUUCAAGAUUAGGAGCUGUAGAUAGUGAUUUUGCAACCAACAUCAACAAUGCAAUAAAUUCGACAACUACAAAUGAUUCUCUUCUUGAAAUCGCAAGAUCAGAAAAGAUCGAAAAGGUGAAGUUUUUAAACACAGCUGUACCAACAUUAAAACUGACACCAUUACCAACUUUUUCUACUGGAUGCGAAACAAUGAAAGCAGCAGAACAGAGCGCUGAGCAACAUAUUUCAAUCUGGUUAUCACAACAAGAAUACUGCUCAUACUACAACUUACUUAAACAGACUUUGAUACAAACCAUUGAAUGUCUUCAUGAUUCUCGUUGGGAAUUAAGAAGAAUGUCAAGACAGCUACUUCCAAAUAUCUGCGAAGUCAUCCGGCUGUAUAACUACCAGUUAUUGGAAGAUCUCUACGUGGAAGCCACACAGUUUCCUGGCUCUGAGCUGUACUAUGGGUCUUGCUUUUGUUUGUUGAACUCCAUAAAAAGUUACGUCAAAUUGAAUAAGAUGACAAGCGACAAAUUUUUACCUGCCAAGAGUGUUGACAAACGUCGAUCAAAUGCGGAAGAUAUGAUAUCGCAGAUUGAGAAAAACAUGGCUACCUACGUUUUAUCUGUAUCCAAACACAUCACUCAUUCUUGCGAAACAUCCAACAUGUCUGUUGUGAUACUCGUGCUGUACAAAAUAACAUUUAAAAAAGAGGAGUGUGUGUUUGACAAAAUAAUAUGUGACUAUCUUCACGAACUAUCCAAUUCCAUCAAAGACGAUUCUAGCCCUACCUACAGUAAAUCAUCCUCAAAGCACCUGUUGGAUUUAUUGUGUGAGACACAAAUCUAUCUUUUAGAAUACUGCGAUAGUUCAACAGUUCAAUUUACGAGUUAUCUUUUACCGGUGUUCUUGCAAGCUGUUCAUUUAUCACAAACAAAUUCACUGGAUGUACAUGUGAUGUUGGCAUGUUGUGAGAACAUUCUGCGCAAGACAUUGCGCAUUACUAACGAAGAUGCCAGAUCUCACUCGCUUCAACUGGAAUCAUCUUGUCAAGAAAUUUGUCAGAUAUUAGAGAACACAGAGCUAGAAGUACAAUACCUUCGUCAAGUGUUUAAUAUCACCUUUGCUUUGCAAUCUACUAUGGCGAAUGAAUUUCCGCUUUCCACGAUUGCAAAAUCUCUUAAUUUAAAACUAGCGAAGAUCGGUAGCUGCAAACGUUCCAGUGAAAAUUUUGUUUCACAAAAAAUGGACUCGAAAUCAAAUGCUCAAAUCCCUGACGAUCUUCUUUCAUAUUCUACUGCAAGCUUCGACUCUAUACGGAUGUCUGACGGAAGCUCGUCCGAUGGUAACAGCGAUAAGGAGCAUGGAGACGAGGUUGACGAAGGUUCAGAUUGGGACUGGAGUAGUGGAGAUGAAGACAAUAAGGAUGAAUCUUCACUGUUUGAAAUAUACUCUUCAUUUCUCGAAGAGCUGAAUGACAAUACACCAAGACAGGACAGUUAUACAUCAAGCUGAAAUCUUUUUCUUUUUGAAAGUUUUAUGAAUAUAAAGAUUGUAAAUAAUACAGAAGAAAAAAGUAAUAUAUUAA